AUGUGCAAGGUGAACCCGGACAACACGCACCACAUCAAGGAUCAUCGCUUGAUCGUGCGCAAGUGCAGCGGUAAGAAACGCGACAGCAUCAGCGGUGACGAGAAAGGUCACGGCUACAAAGCCGUAAUUAUUGAUUUUGACACCAUCCGUAUUGAAGGUCCGAAAGGCAAGGAUCUGCAGGAAGCGCUCGAGCUCCUGUUCGAGUUCACGGCAGACAAGCUGAGAGACUUUGUGAGAAGCUACGAGAACAUGCAGUUCUCGCAUAUCGAAGGGGAGGAGUUGCGGAAGGAUGGCGGUGCGCGGAUUGCCGUCAAGCAGGGCAAGGCGAUGACGGUCGGAAAGGGCGAGGAAGUUACGGAUGCGGAUGCCACACCGCAGAAGUCCAAGUUGAAGCGGGACCGAGCUGAGAGUUCAAAGAUGACCGUAUUCGAUGUCACGCCAAAGAAGGCAACGUUGAAAAAGGAGCGGGCGAGGAUGCCAAGGGCCUAG